GGAGAGGAGGGGCUUUAUGACUCCACAACAACACCGGCGCGUGAGUAAGACCGUAGAGAGGAGAGGGAAUGCGGCAGAAGGAGGGAGCAGACCGUCAGAGAGAGGGAAAGAGACGGAUCCUCAUUUUAUAGUUUUUCCCGCUUCCUCACCCUCCAUCCUUCUAUCACUCUGCUUCUAAUUCCUCUGUCACUCUGUCUCCGCUGCUACUGGUGCUGUCUUUAUUCUUCUGUCCCACAUUCUGACUUGUUACUAUCUCUCUGUCUCUCCUCUUCCUCACCUAUGGACGUUGAGCUUUUCCCCCUUUCUUCUCUCCUCUUCUCCCCCUUUGUUUCUCCCUAUCCUUCUCAGUUUCCUUUUUUCCUUUGAUCUUUCCAUUCCUUGCACCUCGCUGUCACCUAUCCGUCGUCUUUCGGGUGCGAGGAUGCCAGUGCUAGAGGGGCUCUGGGGCCCCGAUAUCCAGAUGCGGGACUCCGGUCUAGGGGUCGAUGUCCGGGUCUGUCCGGAUGAGGCUCCCAGCCCGCCGGUCUGGGGGCCUCUAAGGACACCUCCUAUUACCUGUGGGGGCCUGUCGCUGGCCCUCGAGCUUCCCGCUCUGAUACGGCAGCUCAGGGCCGUCUGGAGGGCUCGCAGGGGAGGCCCCGGGGGCCCAGAGAAGAGCCAGGAGAGCACUUGGGUGGAAUCGGAGAAAGAGGAAGGGAAGCAAGGCGUAGAAGAUGGGAGCGCUCAUCUGGCAGCGGAUGGCAGACUGAACACCGGUCAUGCUGGGGUGUUGCUGGUUGAGAGACGAGGCUCCUACCCGCUGAUUGACCUGAGAAUCCUCAAAACCAGUGCCCAGCAGGGGGAGGUAGAGGCUGGCACCCGGAGAAAGGUGAAGCGUCAGCUGAGCUUCCAGAGAUACUGCCAGGCCUCCAGGCUGCUCAGGGGGGCCAUGCCCAACACCACCGGGUCCCUGCACCUACUGGACGAAAACUACCUGGGACAAGCUGCACACAUGCUAUCCAAAGUAGGCACAUGGAACUUUGACAUUUUCCUCUUCGAUCGUCUCACAAAUGGGAACAGCCUGGUGACUCUGAUGUGCCAUCUCUUCAAUGUGUACGGUCUCGUUCACCACUUCCAGCUGGACAUGAUCAAACUGCACCGGUUUCUCGGAAUGGUUCAAGACGACUACCACUCCCAGAAUCCCUAUCACAAUGCUGUCCAUGCAGCUGAUGUCACCCAAGCCAUGUACUGCUACCUGAAGGAGCCAAAGCUGGCCGAGCAGCUGAGUCCUCUGGACAUGUUCCUGGCUCUGAUGGCAGCAGCCGCUCACGACGUGGACCAUCCCGGAGUCAACCAGCCGUUCCUCAUCAAGACCAGACACCACCUGGCUUCCCUCUACCAGAACACGUCUGUGCUGGAGAGUCACCACUGGAGGUCCACCGUGGGCAUGCUGCGAGAGUCAGGACUGCUGUCCCACCUGCCUGCCGACAUCUCGCAGGACAUAGAGCAGCAGCUGGGCUCUCUCAUCCUCGCUACAGACAUCAGCAGGCAGAACGAGUUCCUGUCCACCUUCAGAGAACAUCUGGACAACCAGGACCUGGACCUUCAGCUCGCUUCACACAGACACUUUAUCCUGCAGAUCGCUCUGAAGUGCGCAGACAUCUGUAACCCAUGUCGGGUUUGGGAGCUGAGCAGACAGUGGAGCGAGAGGGUGUGUGAGGAAUUCUACAGGCAGGGAGACCUGGAGAGAAAGUUUGACAUGGAAGUCAGUCCUCUGUGUAACCAGCAGGCUGACUCUGUGCCAGCCAUCCAGAUAGGGUUCAUCUCCUACAUCGUGGAGCCUCUGUUUGACGAGUGGCACCGCUUCACUGAGCCCAGCCCGCUCAGCCACACCAUGAUGGGUCACAUACACAAGAACAAGGCGAGCUGGAGCCGCCUGCGAUACGCAAACACACCCUCAGACACACAAGCAGAAGAGCCUGAAGGGGGAGGAGGAAGAGGAGAGGUGGAAGGCAUCUCUUAAUUUUUCUCCCUUCCAUCAAGGUGUUUGAUCUUCCUUUGUAAACUGAGGAGAGGAGUGUUUUAUCCUCCUUGUUUGUCCUUCAGUAGUCUUACUCCCACUGCACUGGCUUGGAGGCUGGCUUCGGUUCAUACGGAAUGGCUCCCUCUGCUGGAGAGUACUGUAGCACUGCAAGGGGAAAAAGAAGACGCAGAAACAUUGAAGUGUGGGCAGAUGAAUGGAUAAUCUAAGUACAUAUUUGCCAAUUUGAAUAUAUAUAUUAUAUAAUAUUCGCUCUUUCCCCCAGUGAUGCCUGCUGCAAAUAGAAAAAGCAGGGAUUGAAAGAUUGAUUUUAAAGACAUAACACGGUAUAAAUGAUUUUGCACAAUGCUGCUUGAACAGCAAAGAAAGUAAAAAGCCAAACUUUUGUACGAGUCAGCUGGACGGUGCUGGAGACGGUGAAAAAUGAAUGAAAGAAGAAUAUAUCCGCCUUGCUUUUUCACCAACUAUUUAACUCUUUUCACUUUUUCUCUUUUUGUACAGCUUGCUUCUUCUAUUAGAGGCUCUUUCAUACAACAGUGUCACUUCUACUUUUCACUGAAGUGCGUUUUUAAAGUUGGUGUGUCAAGUACUAUAAACUUUACAACAUUUCUGUAUUUACCGUGUUAUUACUCAACUGACCCAUACAACUACUGACCCAGCUGGAUGUUUUUGAACUCACCAAUGUUGAAAAUACAAACAGAAGCCAUUUUUCUGAAGUGUUUGUGUUUAUGUAAUGCUAGUAACUGGUAUAAUCUGUAAAUACUUUUAUUUUCAACAUCAGCACUCCACAUGCCAAAAUCUCAGCAAUGCAGUUACAUUUGUUAUUGGAAAUAUAGAUAUUGGGACAUUUAAUUCUUACAGUGGUGUGACCUUUGCAACGACUCAUUUUGGAAGCAUUCGCUCACUUUACUAGCUCAUAUACAACUCAGCCUUGACAGCAAAUGUCUGUUAAUUUUUAUUUUUUAAUGAUGUUUGAACAAUUUCUGCCUAUUUUUAACUAAACCAACAUACUGUAACACAUAGCCAAGCACUACUGCAGCCUGCUUACGGUUUGAUCUUUUAACAGUCUCAGGGUCAGAUUGGUUGUUUCCCCCAGUGAGCAUUUGCAAGGCGCCAAUGUACUGUUCUGAGUACUGCUGUUACCUCUCUAAGGCUCUUAUUUUUCCUUCUUACAUUUGCUACAAGCCCUGUGUGCACAUCAUUAACUGCCACGUUCAUUCUUGGGUCAGCUUGUGAUUGCAAAUACCUCUAAUGGCCAAUAUUUCAUUCGUACUACGAUUAGACGGCAGACAUUUUUGCUUGUCAUAGUAGGAAACGCACAGGUGCAACUGAUUGUGCUAACGAGGGCUCUGUGUCCCAAUCGGCUAUGAUCGUUAACGGCACUUGGUAACACCUGUGCGUUUUUCUACAAUCACACGUCAAUAUUUCUGCUGAAAAACAUUCAAAUAAGAACACGAUAUACCAUCAUUCUUUCUACAUAUAUAUAUAAUAUAAGAUAUAUUUAAUUCAGGGUCUAAAAUGCUACUUAUACUUCUAUGUUAUUAAUACCUGUAUGAAGCUGAUAUAAAUGAUAUAAAACAAAGCCUAUAAAGAGUUUGUAUGCACUGUUUGGUCAAAUGUACCAGUGGUAUUUUUUUACCACUUUGAUAUAAAUAUCUAUCGUUGAGGUUGUCACGUUUAUGAAUCUAUUCUGUCACGGUCGAGGCUGUGUACUGUUACACGAUGCUAACAGAAGCCCCAGGUCUUCCCUGAGCUGUAGUCGAGCUUUAUGAUUCUAACAACCCAGCAAACACUGUGCAACACACAAUGUCAAAGUCUAUUAUCACACACGUAUAUACAAGUUAUCUUCAUAAAAAGUGUAAAAUAUAUAAACAGUAUAUAUCAAUGAACUCUUUGACAGCUUUUAGGCGUUUUCAAUGAGUCAGUGCAAUAAAGUUGAGUCACUGGAUAAGAUGUUAUAAGGUGACCAUAUUCAGAUCUUCCUCUUGUAAGGUAAAGUAUUGAUGUCUUCACUGUAAAUGGUUUAGCUGACAUUACUUCUGUAAGCACCGUUAUAGUGCACACUGUUGUCAUUAUCUCACAGAACUCCUGUACCAGCACUUAUUAACCAUGAAUCAUCCGGUGUGCUACCUAAAACAGCAAUAUGUUGUUAUUUCUGAGUGUAGACAAACUGAAGCUAAGACAAGAUGCCUCGUGCGACCUUCAAUACCUCUCACAACCAACACUGAUGCAGGGUCAAUAAGACAGACUUAGUGGUUUCACAAUAACAAAUAUGUGUGUUAAUACAGUUGUUUAUGCUGUGAUUAUCCUACCAUAUUCACUAUAUUUAUCAUCUUGUAAAAAAAAUGGUUUCUCAUAAAAUUACUGUAAUGGCCACAAGGGAUUUGUUAAGGCAAACCUGGUGUUAUAAACGGGCCUAAAGUUAUGUACCUUCUAGUCGACACAUAUGGUGGACAGUUGUUUUUUUUACCAGAAAUCCCAAUGUAUCUGUAAACUAUAAAUAUUUUGUAUGCAUAGUAUAUGUGGGGGUAUGUUCUCCCUUUUGAUACACUCUUAAUGCAUGUUCAAAAGUAGUCACUGUGCUCAAACGCUCCACCUCAUUUUUAACUGUGUAGUCCGACACCAUAAUCUCAGUCUUCACAUAUAUUUUAGUCGGUCGCCGGAUGUUUUGAAAGAUUGUCAUGCCAGUGCCAAAUUAUACGGUAGUAAUUAUAAAGUAUUGUUUUUGGCCUUAGUUUGUUUGAGUCAAUAUUGUGGUGACAUCAAUAUUUAGAUGUUUGUUUUUUUAUGUCCAUUUAUUGUUGAAUCUAUUAUCUCUUUCACUUGGUCUUCAUUAUCCAGUUUCUGUGGAGUUGUAACAUUUCCAUUUUCCUCGUAAUACUUUAAGCACAUUUUGUCACUGUUUGCUUGAAAGGUCAAAGUUCAUUCUUGACCGGCAGUUUAGAAAUGUAUGCAAAAACAAGGUUGAUGCUGUAACUGUUUUCCAAGCGUUAUCAUUUCCACCGUUGUCUUUGAGAUGAAGAUGUUUGUUAUGUCUUUCCAUUAUGACUAAGCACAGAUAGCUUCUUACUAUAUAGCACCAGAAAGCUAUUUUAUUACUAGCUACAUUUUUGAUUGAUGUUUUAAGGUGAAGUAUUCAUAUUGUUAAAAAUGAUCACUGAAUUUCAAAUGAAGCCUAGGAAUUAGGUACUUGUACUGGUGAGUUUAUGGACAUGUUUGCCAUCUGACUUCUUGACUGUACAACCAACUUCUGGGAACUCACCUUUGAGCACUGUGAACUUAUUAAAAAAACAUUUUUCAAUUAA